GGGGGGGGGGUCUAAAUGGACGCCAUAUACUACUCCUACGUGCUCCCUUGAACACCUGCCAAUUUGAAUGUUUUUGGCUGGUCCCAUGGGUGUUCGGAUUAGACAGGUUUCACUGUAUAUAUAUUAAAUGCUAUGAAAAGUCUCAUUUGAUUUUGGACUGGACAUAGGAAGGAUGGCAAAAAUCUUCUCUGAGAGUCACCUCAGAUGUAUUACAAUAACAUCAUUUAUUGUAGCAUGUAUGGCUAAAUUCUGGAUUGGAAGUGUGUUUAUUUUCAAUGUAUAUUCACUGGCAUUGAAACACACCUUCAACUACACACAGGGUGACGUUGAUAUGAUGGCUGCCCUGCAACACUUUGGAUUUCAUUUUGCAUUCCCAGCUGGGAUAGUCCAGGAUAUGUUCGGACCUACGAUUACAUCAUCCAUUGGAUUAAUCCUAACAUCUACAGGAUACUUAUUGUUAUGGAGCUCAACAAAGAGUAUCGAGUUUUACACUUCCAAACCAGGAUUGUUAAAGUUAUAUUUCUUCAUGAUUGGACUUGGAGUGUCCUUCACAUACAUGGCAGCUUUGACGACCACUAUAAGUAACUUCACCAGCAAACACCGUGUUCAGGCUUUAGCUAUUCUGGAAUCAUUCAUGGGAGUAGGUGCCUUUGCAUUCUCCCUCUUAUAUGCUGUUGUUUUUACAAAUGGCCACAUAUAUGAUGAACAGAACCAAAAUUGGUCAGACUUUAUAAUGAUGCUAACAAUUGGUUCAAGUCUCGCAAACUGUUGCUGUGUUGCCUUUUUACGAAUUGUCCCUCAGUCAGAUGACAGUGAUGGAGAUAAAGAAAUUGAAACCGCAGAUGAGAAUGAUCUAAAGGAUAACUUUAAUGAAACUAGAGAUGACUCGGAAUCUACAGAACUUUUUCAUCAUGAAGAUGCUGAAAGGAGCAAUAAGCCCCCGAUAUACAGUGUGUCCCAAAAAAAAGGAAACCGGCAAUAGAUUGCUUAUUUCUCAAA